UAUUCGAGUGGGAGGAGUGAAGACGGUGCAGGAAUGAGAUUUGGACCGGUUUUACAUCAGUGAUGUUAUUCUCCGAGUCAGGCGGUCGGACUGUCCAGAGGGAACUCAGGAAGGGAACAGCAAAUGCUGCUGGGGUCUGUGCAAGAGGAUCCAUUUGAGAGGCUUCCGUGCUUUGUGUGUUGAAUUGUUUGGCUGGAGUUCAGUAUUGGAUAUUGAGAGUAUUUAUUGGAAACUGCGUUUACACACACCAUCUCCUUUCUGAUUUGACAGGGAUGAUGAAAAUCUGCAGCAUGUCAGAGGCUGCUUAUAGAUUACCUACCUCAGACCAAAAACCAUUUCCAGUAAGAGAUGCUCUCUGAGAAGGCCGGGCGGAAGGAAGAUCAGAUUGUAUUAAACCUUACUGAGAAAACAAGAAGAAAAAAUGGAACGGGUACAUCCCACUCGUUAUCAAAGGAAGGACUUCAUAACACAGGCUGCUUCAAGUCUUCUUGAGGGGUGAGACUUUGGCAAAGCCUUAGUCCAGAGUGUCCUGGAGCCUAAGGGCAUCUACAUGGGGAAGAAACCAUACAAGUGUGACAUGUGUGGGUGGACCUUUGAACAGUGGUCAGAGUUAGUGAGUCAUCACCGCAUGCACACUGGGGAAAGGCCGUUUAAGUGUGAGGUGUGCAAUAAGGCUUUCAGCCACUCGUCCAGUCUUGUGAAACAUCGGCACGUUCACACAGGCGAGAGGCCGUUCAAGUGCAAAGGUUGCGAAAAGGCCUUCGCACAGGCUUCAACACUGCUGCAACACUGGCGUAUCCACACGGGGGAGAGACCGUUCAAGUGUAAGGUUUGUGACAAAGCUUUCCUGAAGCAGUCACACCUGGUGGACCAUCGACGGACCCACACAGAGGAGAAGGCAUUCAAGUGCAAAGCCUGCAGCAAGGCGUUCCUAACUUCGACAGGCCUCCUGGUACAUAAGUGCAUUGGUAAAGGAGGGAAACUGUUUCGCUGCGAGAUUUGCAGCAAAGAUUUCUGCAGCUCUGCUUACCUUGUGGUGCACCAGCGCAUCCACACUGGUGAGAGACCGUUCCGUUGUGAGGUGUGCCGCAAAGGUUUCUGCAACGUAUCGUACCUCCGGAAGCACCAGCGUACCCACACCGAGGAGAGACCGUUCCGGUGCAAGGUUUGUAAUAAAGAUUUCUGCAGCUCAUCGUACCUCCGAACUCACCAGCGCAGCCACACAGACAACAGGCCCUUCAGGUGUGAGAUUUGUGACAAAGAUUUCUGUAGCUCGGCGUACCUUGUGGUCCACCAGCGCAUCCACACGGGGGAGAGACCAUUCAGGUGUGAGGUUUGUGACAAAGCUUUCUUGAGCUCUUCCUACUUCCUGAGACAUCAGUGCAUUCCGGCAGCUGACAAGCCGUUCAAAUGUGAAUUUUGCAACAAAGGUUUCACCGUGUUCCCAGACCUUCUGAAACACCAGCUCUCACACCAAGGUGAUAGACGUUUUCAGUGCGAUUUCUGUCAGAGCUGUUUUACCUACUCCUCCUCUCUAGAAAUACACAGACACAUUCACACUGCGUAGAAACUCUUCCAUCCGUACCUUCGCAAAGUAGAAGAAUACUUGAUGCAAUGACCUGGAAUGUAUUGCAUAAGGAGGUGGAAGCAUAUUCAGUGGUAACUUUCAAAAGUAAUUGCAAGGAUUUGAAGGAUUGUGAGGAAGGAGCACAGAAAAGUGUCUCUUUUAUAAAGCUAUCAAAGGUCCAAUGCAGUGAGAUUCUACCAUUCGACAACUCCAACAUGACAUCUAUCAGAAUUGUUUUGUUAACUACUCUCUUGCAGUAUACUGGUAUAACCACUCUCUGUAGGGGAAUGUGAAGAUUGUUUAGGCAAAGAAUUAUAAACAGACGACAGACCCAGAGUUACCUCCACUCUUGUGUUCAUCUGUCGCCUUUAGUCACUUCUGACCUUUCACAGAAAAUUCUGGAUAAUAUGUGCCUGAACCUCGAAUAUGUGCCACAAGAGGGUUAGGAGUUCCUUCAACACACUUGUAAAGUUCCUUGAUUACUUUUCUUCCACAUUUUUAAGCAAAUUCCACAGUAUGACUUCCUUAAGAAGUUCUUUCUUAUCUAACUUUCUAUUCAACCUCUGAAGCAAUCUUUGCUUUCGACCUUUAAAUUUUGAUUUGGCCACAGGAAUAAUAUCUGUCUGGCCAGUGGUCAUUUGUUAUGGUUAUAUUGAGCAGGCUCUCCACCCUAUUGAAUAGUGUGAAAUAUUUCCAUACUAUGUUCAUUAAUGUACAUUUGUAGCUGCACUAUCACACAGGAAUUUUGUUUUCAAAUUUGUUUUCUGUUCAACUUUCUGUCAGAUGAAUUUAAUUUUAUUUGUUAAUGUUUGAACACAAACAACUCGCACCAAUUGUUUUGGAGUGAACAUUCAAAAUCAGAAAGGAUUCCUAAUUUGCUUGUGAUAUUGCACCCAUCAGCUCAGUUGGCCAGUGGGCUCCCAAUAAUAUUAACAGCGGGUUUAAUUUCUAUUCCAGCCAAGAUAGUCUUAGGACCUGUCUUCUUGACUUGCACCUAGAGUGGAAGGCAGUGGUAAACCAGCAAGGGCGAGUUACCAAGACAACUAUUGAAGAUCAGCAGGCAGUGAUCCAUGAGUGAAGGAAUGUCAAUCAUGUCCCAUUUGUUUAACUUCAAGAAGUUUAUUUGCAAGUUUACGAAUGAGAGGGGCAAAGCAAUUGUCUUUCCAUUGGAUGUCUCGCCUCCUUCUGACAAUAUUGUUGAUUGAAUAUUACCGUCAGUUAUCAAAGAUUGAUGAGGGCGACCUUCAGGGAAGCUGGCCUUUACUUCAAGCAAAACUAACAGAAUAUAUUUCCAGGGGACUGUCUCAAUUCCAGGAUUUCACUUAGCUCAACCUAAUAGCGAUAUAACCAUGGAACAGGAAAACAUCUUGGACAUAUAGGACCGGUCAUCCAGAAUUCUGUGAAACUUGGAGGAAAAUACUCCCCAAGAGCUUUUAAAUAUCUUGGUUUUAGAAAAUGAUUUAAACAUCAAUGUUAGUAAAACAACUUGUGUUUGAUCUUAUUAUGUCACCUUCAUGGCCAUCACAGCCUGAGAUGGGACUGAGCACCGUUGAUCUAGCCGAGAUGUAGGAACGCUACCACUGUGCUACAAGAACCCUCAUUGUAGUUGUUGUUUCUCUGCUGACUAAAUUUAUACCUUGCGAUAAAUUUGAUAAAUAGCUUUAGCCUAAAAUAAGUGGUCUAUUAGUAUGCUGCUUUUUACAUAUUGAAACAAGGAACUUCCACUAAGCAUCACUUAUGUCUUCUGUUGUCGAAUACAGUCAUUCAAUAAAUUGUCAUUGUUUCUGCUGCACCUUGCUCGCCCCUACUCGAAACCUUUCACUUUGAUAAUGUGUGUGGACCUGCCCAGCGAACAUACAUCAUUGCCACGAGCAUGAACAGACAUUCUGGAGGAAAG